ACCCCAGCCUUCCAGCUCACGCAUUGGAGACCGCCGUGACAGCCAAGGAGAAGGAGAGACAACGAAAGAGAGAGGGAAAACCCCAAGAAGAAUCACAACAACCGACGCCGGCAAGCAACGGCAGAGAAAGAGGGGCGGAGGGUUUGGACGGUGGGUCCCAUCCGCCCUUCAAUUAUUGCUCCCUGUUCUCCAUCCCACCCCUUCGACCCCUCUCUUGUUCUUUUCCUUCCCUUCCUUGCGCUUUUAUCAUUCCACCUCUUAAACUCUCUCUUCCCUUCUUCUCUUUGUCCUAUCUCUAUCACCUUCCAAUUCCAAUUCCGGAAGAAAAUAAGGAGAGUGCGAAGGAGCAGCAUGCCGAUCGUUUUAUUCCUCUGCCUCUCUCUGUCUUCGUUGCUUUCAUCGGCUUCGGCGUCGGAGCCGGCGGCGGGGGGUGCGAUGAGCGCCUACGAGGUGCUGAAAUCGCACGGAUUGCCGAUGGGGCUGCUGCCGAAAGGGAUACAAGACUUCCGGGUGGACGGCGAGGGGCGGUUCGAGGUCCGGCUCGAGGCGGCGUGCACGGCCAGGUUCGAGAGCCAGAGCGAGGUCCGGUUCAACUCCACCGUCUCCGGCACGCUGUCCUACGGACAGAUCGCUCCACUCUCUGGCGUCGCCGCCCAGGAACUCUUCCUCUGGUUCCCCGUCCGCGGCAUCCGCGUAGACAUCCCCAGCUCCGGCCUCAUCUACUUCGACGUCGGCGUCAUCUACAAGCGCUUCUCCCUCUCCCUCUUCGAGACCCCGCCCGAUUGCAUCCCUCUUUCCUCCUUCUCGGAAGCCCUCGGCGAGGGCUCCCGCAUCGCCCGUCUCGUCUCCAAGAGUCAGUUGGGGGAGCUGCGUUACAACCUCGAUCAAAAGGGUGCUCGAGGGGUUGUUCUGUGAAUCGAACACCAUGGCCGAGAGAAUUACCCCUUGGUUUCAGACAAGUCUUGUGGCUUAGGCUUGGCUCGGCUUGGCUUCUACAAUGUGUGUGAUUGCAGUGUAGAAAUUCCCUUGGAUUUGCUCUAUCCUAGCAACAGAGGAAAUUUUGACUGAGUGAAGGAUUGAGUCGUCGCCACUGUGAGAAAAAUUGCGGUAGAUAUUCGAGAGGAUGUAGUAAAAGGAGUUGAGGGAGUUCCAUUCCAUCCAAAACAAAAACAAAAAAGCAAAAAAAAAAUCUGGUAAUGAAUGUUAUAUAUAGGUUGCAAGUUUUGAUUUUUGUUACCCACUAUCAUGAUCCUGUUAAAAAGGCUACAUAUAUGUAGUAGGGGAGUUGGGACGGACCUUGUUCUUCCCUGCUAUGUUGUGUUUGUUGUGUUAUGAGUGAGCAAUGCUUCAAGUCUCUGUGUAUAUGCCGGAAUCAUAUCUCUUUAUAUAUUCUCUAAACACUUGUUAGAUUGGAUGCAGCUAAUAUGUAUCUCUUGUUUGCAUGAU